AUGUAUCCAAGCAAGAUCUAUAUAGAGGAAAGAGGGCAAGAAAGUAAUGAUAAUGACAAGACCAUGGACCCCAACAGGCGGCUCGUGCUCCGGUGCUUCCAGGGCGUGAGCGACUCAUGCACCCGGCUCAUUAACGCGUUGAUUCGUUCGGUACUGCGGCAGGAAAGGGGAGGUAACAACUCCUUCACCCAUGAGGCACUCACGCUCAGGUAUAAACUGGACAACCAGUUUGAGCUGGUGUUUGUGGUAGGUUUUCAGAAGAACCUAACACUGAAGUACGCAGGCAAGUUGAUAGACGCUGUGCACCGGCUGUUUUAUGACAAGUACCGCCCUGAGGUCCAACAGCAAAGUGCCUUGAUUCUAUUGAAUGGCACUUUCAAUUGCCAGAAUGACUUUCUGCGGCUCCUUCGUGAAGCAGAGGAGAGCAGUAAGAUCCGUGCUCCCACAGCCAUGAAGAAAUUUGAAGAUUCUGAAAAGGCCAAGAAACCUGUGAGGCGGCUCGUGCUCCGGUGCUUCCAGGGCGUGAGCGACUCAUGUACCCGGCUCAUUAACGCGUUGAUUCGUUCGGUACUGCGGCAGGAAAGGGGAGGUAACAACUCCUUCACCCAUGAGGCACUCACGCUCAGGUAUAAACUGGACAACCAGUUUGAGCUGGUGUUUGUGGUAGGUUUUCAGAAGAACCUAACACUGAAGUACGCAGGCAAGUUGAUAGACGCUGUGCACCGGCUGUUUUAUGACAAGUACCGCCCUGAGGUCCAACAGCAAAGUGCCUUGAUUCUAUUGAAUGGCACUUUCAAUUGCCAGAAUGACUUUCUGCGGCUCCUUCGUGAAGCAGAGGAGAGCAGUAAGAUCCGUGCUCCCACAGCCAUGAAGAAAUUUGAAGAUUCUGAAAAGGCCAAGAAACCUUGUACCCUGACUGCCUGUGAUGAGUUCUUCUGUAAUUCUCCUAGGGAUAAGAAGCAUGUGGACUGGGUCAAAGCCUACUUGAGUAUAUGGACAGAGCUGCAGGCUUACAUUAAGGAGUUCCAUACCACUGGACUGGCCUGGAGCAAAACGGGGCCUGUGGCAAAAGAACUGAGUGGAUUGCCAUCGGGACCCUCUGCUGGAUCGGGUCCUCCUCCCCCUCCACCAGGCCCACCUCCCCCCCCAGUCCCCACCAGUUCAGGCUCAGAUGAGUCUGCUUCACGCUCAGCACUGUUUGCACAGAUUAAUCAGGGGGAGAGCAUCACACAUGCCCUGAAACAUGUAUCUGAUGACUUGAAGACUCACAAGAACCCUGCCUUGAAGGCUCAGAGUGCUCCAGUACGAAGUGGCCCCAAACCAUUCUCUGCAUCUAAACCAGGAGUCAGUCCUUCCCCCAAACCAGUCACAAAGAAGGAGCCAGCUCUACUUGAACUGGAGGGCAAGAAGUGGAGAGUGGAAAAUCAGGAGAAUGUUUCCAACCUGGUGAUAGAUGACACAGAGCUGAAACAGGUGGCUUACAUAUUCAAGUGUGUCAACUCAACAUUGCAAAUCAAGGGCAAAAUUAACUCCAUUACAGUAGAUAACUGUAAGAAACUCGGUCUGGUGUUCGAUGACGUGGUGGGCAUUGUGGAGAUAAUCAAUAGUAGGGAUGUCAAAGUUCAGGUAAUGGGUAAAGUGCCAACCAUUUCCAUCAACAAAACAGAUGGCUGCCACGUUUACCUGAGCAAGAAUUCACUGGAUUGUGAGAUAGUCAGUGCCAAAUCUUCUGAGAUGAAUGUCCUCAUUCCUACAGAAGGCGAUGACUUCAAUGAGUUCCCAGUCCCUGAGCAGUUCAAGACCGUAUGGAAUGGGCGGAAGUUGGUCACCACAGUGACAGAAAUUGCUGGAUAAGCGAAGUGCCACUGGGUUCUUUGCCCUCUCCCUCACACCGUGGGAUAAAUCUGUACCAAGAUGGUUCUUUUUUAGAUUUCCUCUACCUUUCUGCUCUUAAACUGCUUCUCUGCCUUGAGAAGCACAGCUACCUGCCUUCACUGAAAUAUACCUCAGGCUGAGAUUUGGGGUGGGAUAGCAGGUCUUUGAUCUUCUGCAGGAAGGUGCAGCUUUUCCGUAUCAGCUCAACCAUUACAGCCAGUCCAUUCUUCAGGAACUGCACAUCAGGACAGGUGUGUUUUAGCUUUCAGCCUUUGGGGUUAUUCGACCAACAAGUAGUCUUUGGGGAAGGAUAAAGCAGCCCCCAGGAAUUAACAGAUCACAAUGUUCACACAAGUUAAUCUUUUUCUAACAAUGAGCGUGAAGGUAGCAGAAGCUGGUGUGAUCCUAGUUGGUUCUUCUAACUUAAACUAAUUUUCACCGUUGACAAGUGAGGCAAGGGUCUGCACAGGACCAAAGGCUGAAGCUUGGCCAUCUAGCAUUCCAAGCAAAAUGAUUUCCUGUAAGCAUUCCUUUUCUUCUGCAUUCCAUCCUGCAUCUGCCCGAACCUGAGAUAGUAGGUUGUCCUGUGUUAGCUGCUGUGGUGGUGCCCUGCACCCAGGCCAGCUAAAGGAGUCUUGGACCCUUCCUCUCUCUGGGGCCUCUGCCCAGCACCUUCCUACAGAGAUGACUUAAAAAGAGAAAAAAAAAGGAAAACCACACCAUUCCCAGGAAUCUGGCUUCUCUUUCUCCUUCCAUGCUGGGUGCCCAUCAUCCAUCUUCAUUGCUUCCUUUGCCCUGUCAUGCUCAACAGCUUUUGGCUUCUGUCUGGGCACCUGAACGGAGGACUAAAAUCUCCAUUGCAGGCUGGUUUUAGGUCUUGUGUAAAAAUCUUGCACAGCAUUGCUAAUGUAAAUUUCAGUUUUUCCUCUAGGACAAACACUUUACCAAAAUAUGCAACUUUUUUUGGUGGGAAGAGAGAUUGUCCUGUGAUUUCUACCCAUUUCCUGAGGCCUGCGGAAAUGAACCUUUAUGUACUUAAAGUUAUACAGAAAAUAGAAUAAAAUUAAUACCAAACU